AGGAAACAUAGCCAAAUAUGAAUGUCGUAAUACCAUCAAAGCCACCUUUCAAAAUUUGGCAGAUCAUAUGCUUUCUCUCUUUUAAAAUCCCUUUCUCAUCGCAUAUCAUAUUGUUCUCCUUCCUCCUGUCGAAGAAACCUGUGCUCCCCAGAUUUGGUUGCUAUCACUUCUCGAGAGUUGGCCACCGGUAUUGAUAUCUUUCAGAUUCUCUGAUUUCUUCAACCCCUACGUUUUCCUGCAUCUCUAUGUACUUCAUUUACAUAUAUAUGUACUUCGAACACGUCAACUCGAGCGGGAAGCUCCACAAGUUAACGGGCC